UCUUACCAUAUAUUUCUUCUACACUCCAAGAUCAUAGAGACACAAAGUGAAAGAGAGAAAAAGUUUAGAGAGAGAGAAAGAGAGAAACCAACAAACAAAAUGAAAGAUUGUGAACUUUGUGGGCUACGAGCUAGGAUGUACUGUGAAUCGGAUCAGGCAAGCUUAUGCUGGGACUGUGAUGAGAAAGUUCACGGAGCCAAUUUCUUGGUGGCCAAACACUCCAGGAGUCUCCUCUGUCAUGUUUGCAAUUUUCCGACUCCAUGGAUGGCCUCUGGUGCCGAGCUUACUCCCACGGUCUCUGUCUGCGAAAGCUGCGUUGAUUUUCACAACAGAAAAUUUGAGCAAGGUCGCGGUGAUGAAAGUGGUGGCGGAAAUGAUGAGGAUGAGGAUGAAGAAGAUACAGAGAACGAAACCGAUAUUAGUGAUGAAGAUGAUUACAAUGAUGGUGUGUUUAGUCUAAACGAAGAUGAAUUUGAUGAGGAAGGAGAGAACCAGGUGGUUCCAUGGUCGUUUUCAUCUUCGUCACCACCACCUAUGGCGGAAUCUUCAUCCAGUAGCGACGAGGAUAGGUUUUCCAAUUCAAAACGACGGCUAGAAAAUGCUGAUCUGCAUUCUGAUGCUAAUGAUGAGGCGACAUCUUCAGUUAGGCCAUUGAAUAAACGGCCAAGAUUGACUGGUGAAGACUACAGAUCAUCUGCGAGACCUCUUGCUAGUGAUGCUGCUCAUGAUGAAGACGAUGGUCGUGAUCGUGAUCAUGAUGGUCAAUCAGAGUCAAGAUCAACGGCGGUCAUAACAUCUAUCCAGAGGCUCCAAAAUGAUGCGAUCACAGACGUUGAAAAUUCCUCCAACACAAUUUUAGAGAUUUGCAAACUAAGCAGAGAUCAGAACCGUUGAUGAUUUAAUGGUUUCAAUCACAAUUUUCCUAACUUUAGAAAAUUCAUACCUUCAUCACACAUUACAUAGAUACGGUUUUGCUGCUUUUCCCAUCGGAUAUUUAUUUAAUUAAUUUUUAUUACAUGUUGCUCUCAAGAUUAAUUUGAUUAAGUUUUUUUUUUUUUUGCAAUUAAAUUUAAUUUAAAGGAAAUUAAUGUUGUUCCCUUGGUCCGAACAUUAUCAUAGAGUUUUGACCCUGAAUAUUAUUUUGUUGCAAAAAUUCUUCAUAAUUAUAUAAUUUUUUGUAAA